AUGCAGGUCACCACGACCGCUGCGGCUGUCGUCGUGACCGGAGUCAAAGUCGACGCCAAAGCGCCAUCAGUGCCGCCCAGACGGAGCAUUGUCGACCUUCAUUCGAACGGAGGAGCUCAAUGGGAUUUGUACAUCCAAGCACUCGGAGCUAUGCAGGCCGCAAAUCUAACGGACCCUGAAUCCUGGUUUCAGGUCUCCGGAAUACAUGGAAUGCCGUAUAUCGAGUACGAUCACACGGGGGGGCCACAGAACACCGGCUCCUGGCAAGGCUACUGCCCGCAUUCAGAGGCACUAUUUCUCCCGUGGCACAGAGCAUACUCGGCAUUAUUUGAGCAAACACUGGCUAGCCACGCCAAGAGAAUUGCUAUGACAUAUCCUGAAGAGCACCGCGCGCGAUAUAUUGAGGCUGCUGAUACCCUAAGAUCGCCGUACUGGGAUUGGGCUGCUGAUGUAGCUGUACCGGAAGCUACAGUACCUCAAGCUUUGAACAUCAAUGUCGCAGUGAAUGGGAAACUAGAAGCAAAGGAUGUCGAAAAUCCACUUCACACUUUCAAGUUUCCCCAAGCAGCGCUGGAAGGAGAGUUCGGAGAGUUCGGCGAAUUCAAUCACGAACAAAAGAAACAAAUGUAUCGGUGUAACGGACCGGAUGAGAGCUAUCCGGGGACACCCAACGAAAAACUCAAGACACAAAAUUACAAAGGCAUACUGUACGAUGCGUUCACCAGAUCGGCAGACUUUCACCAGUUUUCGAGCACGGCAAGCCCGGGACCAAGCUUGGAAGCUGCCCAUGGGGGCAUUCAUUGGGAUGCGGCUUGUGGAGGACAGUUUCUGAGCUUUCAGUAUACAGGUUUUGAUCCUUUAUUUACGUUGCAUCACAACAACGUCGAUCGCUUGUGGGCGUAUUGGCAGGCUUUGCACCCAGAUCAAGAGCUGUUCAGUGGCGAUUAUCUCGGGGGAGACCGAUGGGCGACGUCGAGAAACACGACCAUUACCACGAAUUCACCGCUGCAACCAUUCCGACGAGACAGAACCGAGUUUCAUACAUCAGAAACUGUUCUAUCCAUCCAUGAGUUUGGAUACUCGUAUCAUGGUUUGGAGACCAGGGACAGCACAUCCGAUCAAAGGCGGGAAGAAGUGACGCGCAUUGUGAAUGGUCUGCAACCGCCAUUUGCAAUGAAGAAGGGACGCCGAGCAAGUCGCCAGCCCGAUCGGCCGCGCGACAUGCUGACCAGGUACUUUGCGCAUGUCUCUGUAGAGCUAUCAGAGGUGGAACGUCCAAGUUCAAUUGAAGUAUCGAUGAAUGGAACCUACGUCGGCAAUUUAGCAUUGAUGUCCAUGCCUGAUUGUGGAGUUGUCUAUGGCGAGAUCCGCCUGGACUCUGUGUGCAGCACUCUGCGCGGCAAAAGCACUCGCGUCAUCCUGGAGACCCUGGAGUCUUGGCUACAAGUUGAGAUUAUCAAAGCCGACGGGUCGAAGCUGUCCCUUGCCGCCGUCCCGAGCCUGAAAGUCGAAAUUGAGCAGGUUCAGGUGGCAGUGCCACGAUCGGACAUUGAGCUUCCGGAAUACUCAGCCUCCAGAUUUUUUGGUAUCAAAGUGGCGAACCGAUCAUACCAGGAAAGCUGA